GGAAGUCAUCCACUGUUCGGAGGGACCGGGGAAUGUGUCGACACAAGAUUGACGUUUGUUCAUUUUUACCUUUUUUUCUCCACCUUCUUUCCACACCCCCAUCCAUUUACAAGUUGCAGUCCCCUUCUUAUCCAACCCUUCUAAAGCUCUGCUUCAACACAAGCAGGACUUACAUUCUGGAUACGACUCGAACCGAGGGACCCUCACAACAGGAUUGAAGAUAGCGAAGCGGACCUACCCACACCGUCCGAAUAAGGCUCCACUUUCUCGAGGAUGGAAGUACGGAGACUCUUAACAGAGACACCUUCUGAAGACGUUCGGGGAAGGAGCAAUAGUAUUAGCACCAUUACUAGCAGUCCUUUGCUACAGCGCGAUAGAGAUGGAGAGCGGAUGGUCGAGCUUAGAGAAAGGGAAACCAGGGAGACCACGAGUGGUCCCGACCAUCUUGGUGUUUGGGGUCCUCGGUCCUCGGGGUCUGGCCUACCUAUCCUGGAAGGCCACGUGCUUUCAGCGCCAGGACUGCCGCAGAAUCAUCAAGCGCCCGCUCUUUCUGGUUCAAUUCCACCAGCUAAAGACAGAUUUCCUCCACCUCCCUCUAAUUUGACCGGCAGAUCACCGACACUGGACACUCAACCACGACGAGAUAGAGAACGAGAUACCCACACUCCACCUAUCACCCCCUCACACUCGCCCAUCGCCUCCACAGCCAACGGUCCGGGUCCGGGCCCGAGCAACAUCAGCAUCAUUCACAACCCACGUACUAGACCAGGACCAGGCGCUCCUCCACCAUCGAAUUCGAUCAUACCUCUCUCAUCCAACCCCCACGGAAUUCGUGGAGAUAUGCCCCAACCCCUCGCCCUCGGAUCCCAACGUGAACAAGGUCCUCCGUUACCCAUUCGAGGAGGUGUACUUGAUUUACUCCCUCCCCAACACGAACAGAGUCAUCAGAGGCAUCAGAAGAUGCAAAUGCAGGUUCAGACCAUGCAAGUUGCACGACAGGAUGUGGGUGAUUCUGGGCAUGUGCCUGGGGAGGUGUUACCUUUGGUUAGGAGGGAGAGGGUUGUUUUGGAGAGGGAGAGGGGUGUUAGCGGUAGUGGCGGUGGGUCUGAGAGGGAGAGAGAUAGAGUGGGUAGUGGUGGGUCUGAGAGGGAGAGGGAGAGGGAGAGGGAGAGGGAGAGGGAGAGGGAGAGAGAGAGGGAGAGGGAUAGAGAGAGGGAGAGGGAUAGAGAGAGGGAGAGGGAGAGAGAUAGAGUGGGUGGUGGUAGUGGUCCUUCUGGAGGUAUUGAAAGAGAGAGGGUGAUGGUGAGGGAGGACACACCCCCGCAAAGACACUUUCAAGGACAGUUUCAUACCCAGUUUGUUCCUGGGCUGAAUGCGCAGCAGCAGAGAGAGAUGAAGGAACGAGAGCGAGAACGCGAAAGGGAAAUGGCUAGAGAGAGAGAGAUGAUGGCUCAUCAACAUGAACGAGAAAGGGAGAGAGAGAUGGUUAUGCGAGAACGAGAAAGGGAGAGGGAUAGAGAGAUGCCGUUUGCACCACCCCCACCGGGUUAUCAUCCUCAUAUACAUUCUCAUUUUCAUGGACCUCCUCCACCAUCACAUCAUUCUCAGUCACGUCCACCAAGCGAGCCGCCGUUAAAUUCGCAUAGCCAUCAGCACUCUUCAUCACACCCACAUUCGGCGUCAUCUAUGAUCAGUCCGUCUUCGGCCUCUCAUGAUGGAAGAAGUCAGAGCGGACAUGGCGCCGCUCAUCAACAUCACGGACAUCCUCAUCCUCAUCCUCAUCCGCAUUCACAUCACCAUUCCCAUCACCAUCAUAUUGUUCAUCACCAUCAUGAACGGUCUGGUGAACGUGACCGUGGCGGACGUGACAGGGAGAAGGAAGAGAGAGCGAGAAGGGGCGUAUCUCCUUCUCGUGAUCGUGACAGGAGGGAGAGAGAUCCGAAUCAUUCGUUACGAGAGAGGGAACGGGUUGGUCCUCCCCCUCCCCCUCCUCCUCUGGUGCCUUUAGCUAGCGACCUCAGUCCGACACCGGUGCGUGAACGUGAACGUGAACGUGACGUUGCUCAUUUACGGGAACGAGAGCGGGAGAGAGAUAUCGCCAUGCGUGAAAGGGAUAAAGAGAUGAGGGAGCGUGAAUUUGUUCAACGUGAUUUGAGGGAACGGGAGUACUUUGAAUCCGAAUAUCGGGAACGUGAAAGGGAAGCGUUUGUCCGAAGAGAGAGAGAGAGGGAGAUACGAGGACGGGAGAGGGAAAGAGAAAUGGCCUUUCGCGAGCACGAGCGUGGAUGGGAAAGGGAAAGGGAACGUGAACGGUCUUCACUUGGUCAACCUCCGUUGUCUACACGGGAAUUGGCUCGUGAGCGUGAUCCACCCCCACCUCAUUCUUCUCCUUAUGGAGUGCCACCACCUCAUCCCGGACAUGCGUCUUUACCUCCUAGACGAGACCAUCAUAUUCGAGACCGGGAACCUCCUCCACAUCCGUCGCUUGGAUCGGUUCCACACCGAGAUAGAGAACGCGAAAGGGAGAGGGAGAGGGAUAGAGAAAGGGAGAGUGAGCGGGAACCUCCACCUCCACCUCCUCACGCAACGUUGGCUUUAUCCCCACGCGAGGCAGUACUUCAUACUCGAGACCGCGACCGGGAACGGGAACGAAUACCACCCCCACCCCCACCUCCACCUCCACCAUCUGGACCACCUGUCGUUCAUCACCCUGUGAUAGACGAAAGCACGAUACCGUUUGGGUAUGCUGGAAUGGGAUUGGGAGCCCCCCCGAAUUCGAACCAUCACCCUCACCCUCUUCAUCAUCAACAGCACCAACACCAACACCAUCAGAUGUCCAUGGCUAUGGCUAUGGGAGGUGGCGUGCCUGGUGUUGGACUAGGAGCUUCAUACGACGAGGCGAACGUCAAUAGUCGUGAUCUUCCUCCUAGCGGCGCCGCGGGUGGGUUUGUGAUACCCCCUCCUUCACAUUCGCAUUCCCAGCAUUCCGGAGUGGUAGAUGGAAGAGGUAAUGGCGGUAAUCCUAUGAAUAGGGUUUCAGGACAAGUGGAAGAUGAAUGGCAACAGCAGUGGGGAGGGGGGGAGGGGGAGGAGGAAGAGAGAGAGGUUAGGUCGAGAGUGAAUAUUGAUUUAGGGGUGUAUGUGUGGCCCAAGACGCCGUUUCCGUGGGUAUUUGGAGAAAGGGUCGGGCCUCCUUCGCGGUCAACUGGUGCUGGUGCCCUUUCUUCGUCUUCACAUCCUUCUACUAGCCCUACUACGGCUUGUGUUGGGAACAGUAGUAAGGAUUUGGAUGAUCGUGCCGUUGAGAACCCGGGUUCUUCUGCAUCUGGUGGGAGCAACGCGGUGAAUGGCGAUACGGCUGCGGCUACUAAGGAAGAGAAUAUGGAUUUGGAUGUGGAGGAACGAGAACCCGGGGAGGUGGAUGACAAACCCGUCGGGGUGUCGUUGUCAAGAGAGGUGACUGCGAUUGAGAUGGCAAGUGAAAAGAUGCAGGAUGGUGGAAGUGGGAGUAAGGGUAAGGAGAAGGAUAAAGACAAGGACAUUAUUAAGGAAGGGAAAGUCACCACUCCGGAGCUUCCCCCUCCUCAUGUUUCUGCCAACAUUGACGCCGAAGGGAGAACAUUGUCACCUUCGUCGUCCAAGUCCCCAAUUGCGCCUUCCAAUUCUAUUCCCAACAACUCCUCCGCAUCUGCUCCGAUUAAAGAGCAGCAGGACGAUCCUCACCUCCUCGACACGCAGACUUUGGCAACGAUUGUCAUUCCUUCAGGCUACCUACCCUCCGCAGAUGACAGGGGGAAAAUGAAGAUGAGAAUCUGGGGUGGUGGACUCCCACCUCCGCCUAUUCCACCUCCGCCUUUUGGGUAUCCUUAUCGGAAUGACCCGAACAGUAUGUACCCUCUGCGAAAUGACCAUCACCAACCACCCCCUCAUUCCCACCCUUCUUCUUCUUCCAACCAUCCCUCCCAUCAAUUUGGUUCAUCAUCCCAACAAAAACGUUCUCGCAACCCAUUACGACGACGGAGAAUCUACACAGACGACUCUGAUCCUUUCUUGUGUGCUCUACAUUCAGGGUGGAUAACAUGGUCAGCAGCGUGUAAGGCUAAAGAGGUGGGGAAAGAUCUGAAAGUUGUGUUGAGGGUUAUUAGGUGUAUUGGUGGUGGUGGCGAGGCAAAAUUGACUUCUGAGGAUUCAGAUCCUGCCACUGUUACUGCUAAUACUUCCCCACUACGUGCGAGAGAGGAUAUGGGUGGGAAUCUCCGUUUUGAUACGAGGAGAAAGGGUCUGGAGACUCAAAGUGUAGGAGGUCGAUCUUUCUAUGGAAUCAGCGCGGGUGGAUGGGGAAAAGAGGAAGUUGUAGGGCGGUUUAUAGGUGGAGUUGGAGAGAGGUUUUGGUGUGUUCAGAAUGCAGCUUCGGGGAUGGUAAGCAACAACAGUAAGGGUGGGAGUGAUGAAAAAGAGAAUAAGGAUACUACGGACCCUGGUGGUGGUCUCAAGAAAGAGAGUCCUGAGGAGGAAUUGGGAGUGGAGGGCGAGGAAAUCCCUGCCAUUGCGAAAACGCAGAAUAAAUCAAAGGUGGCGGAGAAGGAAGGUGUAAUGGAAUUAGAGGACAAUGGGGAUGAUGAUGGGCGAUCGGUGAAGAGUGCCGGUUGGGGAAGUGGACAUGAUGGUUCUGCGAUUGAGGUUGUUGACGUUGAAUGGAAAUCAGCCUAUCGUUGCUCAGGGAGACGGAACAGAUCACAACGACUUUUGGAGUACGCUCUGUGUCGGACAUCACUCAUGGGCCCGAGUUCCAUGCCCACACAUUCAACUUCGCCUACCAACACGUACAUCAACCCUCGAAAACGACGGCGGGUUGAUACCAUCCAAUCUCAUUCUUAUCCAGCGUACCUUUGUCGUAAAAGGAAUAGGCAAGCGUUAAUGGCGAAUGCUGUUCCGUUGGAUCCGGUUUUGGAAGUCGAUGAUGAGGAAGAGAAUGAGUUUGAGAGAUGUGUAGUGAGUGAGCACGGUGGAAUGGAGAGUAGGAAAGAGUCAACGACCCCUACAGUCAUUGUCGGUUUGGGAACGGGUGGAGUGUGGUACAAGUACGACCCAGAUGUCCUGCGGAAUGCAUUUGAAAGUUGGCGCUCGAGAGAAGAUGACGAGGAGGAAGGUGAGAAUAGAGGGAGGAAGAGAAGACGACUGUCUCCGUCCGGUGCUUCUGCAAGUGAGAAGAAAGACAAGAGGACGACGGUGAUGAUUCAGCUUGAACCAGGGUCUUCCUCCGGAGCUUCGACAUAUGUCCGGCGUGAGGAAACGAACAGUUGUCUUGGGAUUUUCUGUUUGAAGACACAAGAGGGUGAUCUUGGGAAGGUCAGGGAAUUUACGUUCCCUGAUGCUCUUGAGUCUAUGGAGGUCGAUCAGGAGAAGAGACAAGCGGAGAGACCGGUUGAAGUCGUGAAUGUUUCCUCGGACACCUUUGAAUCAUGUAUAGUUCCUUUGGAGGGAUUGGAGUUUUCAAAGGAAGGUAUCAGCAUUAAGGCUCAAGCCCAUCCUGAUGCAGGCGCUAUCAGUGUGGAGCGGUGGAAGUGGGUGUGAAAACAAUGAUGAUUUGGCUUUUAUUUUCUGUGAUGUAUCGAUAGUCGAGACUUAUAUCUUAUUCUUUGACAAUCUUGUGUAUUUCGCAUCAUGCC